AUUUUCGAAAGCCAUAAACUAUUUGAGGUGUAAUCUCCUCUUCCUAGCUCUGAGACUCGACGCCGUUCUUCGUCUCCGUAUCGAUGGAUGGUCACGCCGAUAUUCCUCCUUCAUACUCCGGUCUCAGCCAAUACCCGAGGGCUAACCCUUUUGGUGACGAGAGUUCCAAUAGAGCAACCAUGCCGCCGCCUAGCGGAAGCUCACUUCCACCCUUUCCACUGCGUCUCCGGAUCCCACCGACAGGUCAGCCAUUCCAGUUCGGGUCGCAGAAUUUCAUCCCGGGAUCAAGCCCCUCGCAGUCGAUGUUAUCUCAGGUUCCACACACGAUGCUCGACUCCUCCUCAAUAGGCUCAGGGAGUAGUCAGCCGUCGUCUGUCUUCUCAGGCCUGUUUAAUGCAGAUCAACUGAGUAAGAUUGCCGCCUCUAACGAACUGAAAGAGAUGGCAGAAUCUGAUCCUAAGCAUCUCAAAAUAGCCUUGUCGAACCGGGAAUCAGCUGCACGUUCAAAGGAGAAGAAGGCGCUGCAUGAGUCCGAGUUGGAAGACAAAGUCGAGACACUUGAGACUCAGAUUGAUAUAUUGACUGCCGAGCUCAAGCUUGAGAAGAGAGAAAGAAUGACGGCGGAUGACGAGUGCGUGCAAUUUAGGAUUCGUCUUCAUGCAGGGGAGGCGCAUGCACGACUUCGUGAAGGCUUGAUCGAACAAUUGAAUGGAGAAGUUCGUCGGCUAACAGAAGAGGCGAGUGGGCAGAGGGAAGAGAUGAGUAGGCUAAGAGAAGAGGUGAGCGAAUACCGGAGGAGGGAAAGUGAGAGAAUGAACGCAAACAUGUUGGAGCAACUCAACAUCAACCAGCAUUUUCAAGAGAAGCCGCAGCAGACAAAAUAUAAUUUCGAAUGA